AUGGUCGGAGAUGGAAACCAGCAUGGUAUGAUGGUUCAUGUACCUCCAUGGACGCUCAUGGACGAUUCUGUCGCCGGAGUUUCACCCUUUUCUCCUCGAAGCCCUAAUGCCACCAUAAACAGCUUAUCAUCCAUUGAAGACUACGCUUAUUUCCUACGUAACGACGCCGCGCUCCGACGCUAUCUGGAAGAAGACCUGGAUGGAGAUGGAUCUGGCUCCGGUUGUACGGAUUUUGACAUCACGUCGGAGGCUUAUGCUUGUGAUAGUUUCCGGAUGUAUGAGUUUAAGGUACGUAAGUGUGCUCGUGGCCGGUCGCAUGAUUGGACCGACUGUCCGUACGCUCAUCCAGCGGAAAAAGCUCGCCGCCGAGAUCCCCGGAGAUACAGUUACUCCGGGACUGCGUGUCCUGAGUUCCGUAAAGGAAACUGUAAGAAAGGAGACGGUUGUGAGUUUGCUCACGGCGUUUUCGAGUGUUGGCUCCACCCAAGCCGGUACCGUACGCAACCGUGUAAGGACGGAAUAAACUGCCGCAGACGUGUGUGUUUCUUUGCUCAUACGCCGGAGCAACUUCGUGUACUCAGUCCACAUACUGAUUCUUACGACGGCACGUCGCUAAAAGGCUUACCGCCGUUCUUCUCUUCGCCGUCGGAGACUUCCACACCCCCAUCGGAGUCCCCACCGAUGUCUCCGAUGGACAGCUCUCUCAGCCGGUCACUAGGUUCGGUUUCGGUGAACGAUAUGUUAUCAUCUCUCCGGCGUUUGCAGCUUAACAACAAAACCCCAUCUAUGCCAACCGCAUGGAGCCUACAAAUGGGUAUGACCCUUCCCUCACCCCGGUCGGGUUUCUACAGCCUGCCGUCAACUCCAACCCGACCUGUAACCCGACCCGGUCUAGGCUUUUCCGAUAUCUGGGAAGAAGGGUGUGUGGAGGAAGAACCUGCCAUGGAAAGAGUGGAAUCUGGUAGGGGUUUGAGGGCGAAGAUGUUUGAGAAGUUGAGCAAGGAGAAUCUGGUAGGGGUGGAUCCGAAUCCGGAAGAAGGUUCAAACCCGGAUGUUGGAUGGGUCUCGGAGCUUGUGAAGUGA